AUGACGGCCAUCGUCGUGGACGAGGCCGUGGGUGGUGAUGACCUGCUCUCCUGUUUUGAAGACGCAUCGGCUCCCGGCUACCACUCAGUCCCUGUCAUGGGUGGCACGUCCCUGAAGCCACGAAUGGCUGCCCAGCAGUUUGCCUGCCGGCUCACGUCUUUGCAGCCGCUGGCUGGCGGGCCAACAGACCGGUGCACGUCCGACGAGAUGCUAUCCGUAUCCGAAUUGUGCUGA